AUGUCGUACCCCGAGUGGAAGCGCGAGGCGACGAUCCCCCAAAUCCUCUUCGGUCUGCGCUGUCCGUACGGCAAGCCCUCUUCCCCCGUCGCCCGCUUCUUCUGGCGGCGACGCAUUUGGAUCGAGGCCACUUUCGCGCUCUCCAUGAUGGAGCCCUGGGAGAGGUUCAUCGUCAUGUACGUGGUGUAUGCCAUCCUGCUCGCCCUCGCGUUCGCCGCCUUCUUCUACCUCCCGCACCACCUCUCCUUCCUCCACGGACGCGCCGCAUACUACCUCUAUGGCAGCGACGCUGCGGGAGCCGCCGACUCGCUCAUUCGCCUCCGAGACGCCGCGAGCUCGUUUGGGUCGAAGGUCCUGAGUCGUGCCACGGGCUCGUCCGAGCUGUGA